UUCACAUUUUGGCACAUGCCGAGCAAGUUCUUGACCGUGUGUAUCCGCGCCCGUUAGGCCUGAUGUAUUUGCUAAAAUCGUUCAAAAAUCGAAGAAAAACGUGCUAAAUUCGUCAGCGCCCGCAGGAGACCGUGAUUCCAGUGUUCAGAAGUGGAAAUUUCAAUAUUAUUUGUUUCGUUCUCGCCCCCUCCGUUGCCUCUGCGGGACGUGGCUGCGUCACCAACCAUCCAUCCAUCCAGAACGUCGCAGAGCAAGAAAGAGGUUAGCAGCAGUGAAAAAGGAUAUUUUGUUUGCCCCACCAGUAAGCAGCAGGGGUUAGAGAAGAAGUAGUAAUCGCAUAGUCGGAAGUAAACGGAAGCAACAGCAGCAAGAUGUCGUUCGAGGAAACUUCUGCCGACCGAAAUGUCGAGAUUUGGAAGAUCAAAAAACUUAUCAAAAGUUUGGAAAUGGCACGAGGCAAUGGUACCAGCAUGAUCUCGCUGAUCAUCCCACCGAAGGAUCAGAUCAGCCGGGUAAGCAAGAUGUUGGCCGACGAGUUCGGGACGGCCUCGAACAUCAAGUCGCGCGUGAACCGUCUCUCCGUACUGGGUGCCAUUACCUCGGUCCAGCACCGACUUAAACUAUACACCAAAGUGCCUCCGAAUGGACUCGUGAUCUACUGCGGUACGAUUGUCACCGAAGAAGGCAAGGAGAAGAAGGUCAACAUUGACUUCGAACCGUUCAAACCGAUCAAUACCUCUUUAUACUUAUGCGAUAAUAAAUUCCACACCGAAGCACUGACGGCACUACUGGCGGAUGACAAUAAGUUCGGUUUCAUUGUGAUGGACGGUAAUGGUGCGCUGUUUGGUACACUUCAGGGUAACACGCGUGAAGUGCUGCACAAAUUCACGGUCGAUCUACCGAAGAAGCACGGCCGUGGUGGUCAGUCGGCGUUGCGUUUCGCCCGUCUACGUAUGGAGAAGCGUCACAACUACGUACGGAAGGUUGCUGAGGUCGCUACCCAGUUGUUCAUCACUAACGACAAACCAAACAUUGCCGGUUUGAUCCUUGCCGGUAGUGCCGACUUCAAGACCGAACUUAGCCAGUCAGAUAUGUUUGAUCCGCGGUUGCAAUCGAAAGUAAUCAAACUAGUGGAUGUAUCGUACGGUGGCGAAAACGGUUUUAACCAAGCUAUUGAGCUGGCAGCUGAAUCACUGCAGAAUGUUAAAUUUAUACAGGAGAAGAAACUGAUCGGGCGAUACUUUGAUGAAAUUUCGCAGGACACCGGCAAGUACUGUUUCGGCGUAGAAGACACGCUGAAGGCGUUGGAAUUGGGCUCAGUGGAAACGCUUAUUUGCUGGGAAAACUUGGACAUUCAACGUUACGUGCUGAAAAAUCACGUCAGUGCGACAUCCACUACAGUAUUGCAUCUGACCCCGGAACAGGAGAAAGACAAGUCUCACUUCACCGAUAAGGAGAGUGGCGUCGAGAUGGAACUGGUCGAAUCACAGCCGCUGCUCGAAUGGCUUGCCAACAAUUACAAGAGUUUUGGUGCUACUCUGGAAAUUAUUACUGAUAAGUCCCAGGAGGGCAGCCAGUUUGUCCGAGGAUUCGGUGGAAUAGGAGGUAUUUUGCGCUACAAGGUAGAUUUCCAAAGCAUGCAACUAGACGAACUGGACAACGAUUGUUUCGAUUUAGAAGAUUAUUAAAUUUUUAUGUUUUAUGAAACUUUCAGUUAUACAUCAGGCUAGAAAAUAUACAAAAAAAGAGAAUAAUAAGAGUAAUCGUGGUUGAAACCAAGCAAAAUGCGUUUCUUUCAUUUUGUCGUGUGCUUGUAUAGAGAAGGAAAAGAAAUGCAUAUAUAGGAAGGA